GCGAUAGAAAUAAAUAAAUAAAAUUGAAGAUACGGUCGACCUACAAUAUACGACUCGUAUAUAUUUCCUUGGCGGCAAUUUUGUAUUUAUCAUGUAGAUAAUUGCUAGAUCUAGACUACAUACCAAUAUAUUUUUAUGAAAAAAAGGAAAGGUCAGGAAUGAAGUAUAUUGCCACCUCAACUAGCUAUAUAAAGCCCCUCAAUACUCUUCAAGCAUAGGUCACUAACAACUCAACUAUAUUAUACAAUUCACUUCAAUCACUUUUGAAUAAUGCAAAUUAUGCCACUAUCAUCUUCAAUUUUCCCCUCUUCUGUUUAUGUUGAUGAAUCAUCACUAGUGAUCACAAUAACUGGUGUAGUAGCGUUGCUAGUGGUGUUGUUUCAGUGGCGGUUGCACCAGAAAAAGCAAAGACGAAAGCUGCCUCCCGGUUCCAUGGGUUGGCCUUACAUCGGAGAGACACUCCGCCUCUACACAGAGAAUCCCAAUUCCUUCUUUGCCACCCGCCAAAACAAAUACGGAGAGAUAUUCAAGACGCACAUAUUGGGAUGUCCAUGUGUGAUGAUAAGCAGUCCAGAGGCUGCUCGAAUGGUAUUAGUAAGCAAAGCACAUAUGUUCAAGCCAACUUAUCCUCCUAGCAAAGAGCGUAUGAUUGGACCAGAUGCUCUCUUCUUCCACCAAGGUCCUUACCAUUCCACACUUAAGCGGCUCGUUCAAUCUUCCUUCAUGCCUUCUGCUCUCCGACCAACCGUCUCUCACAUCGAGCUCCUUGUCCUGCAAAUCCUCUCUUCCUGGACAUCCGAAAAGUCCAUCAACACCCUUGAACACAUGAAACGAUAUGCAUUCGAUGUGGCGAUCAUGUCAGCGUUUGGGGAUAAAGAGGAGCCCAGUGAAAUUGAAGCUAUUAAGCUUCUCUAUCAACGUCUCGAAAAGGGUUACAACUCCAUGCCUCUCGACCUACCUGGCACACUUUUUCAUAAAUCCAUGAAGGCAAGAAGGGAAUUAAGCGAAGAAGUAAGGAGACUGAUAGAAAAGAGAAGAGAAAAUAAGAGAGAAGAAGGAGGACUAUUGGGAGUACUUCUCGGCGCCAAGGAUCAGAAACGCAACGGUUUAAGCGAUUCACAGAUCGCUGACAACAUCAUCGGCGUUAUCUUCGCCGCCACUGACACCACCGCUUCUGUCUUAACUUGGCUUCUCAAGUACUUACACGACCACCCAAAUCUCCUCCAAGAAGUCUCAAGGGAACAAGUCUGCAUUCGACAGAAAAUAAAGGAAGAAAACAGAAGAAUCUCGUGGGAGGAUACAAGAAAAAUGCCACUGACCACAAGGGUGAUUCAAGAGACACUAAGAGCGGCAAGUGUAUUGUCAUUUACGUUUAGAGAAGCUGUACAAGACGUCGAAUAUGAUGGCUAUUUGAUCCCAAAAGGUUGGAAGGUUCUUCCUCUUUUCCGACGAAUCCAUCACUCUCCUGAUUUUUUCCCUGAACCCGAAAAAUUUGAUCCAUCAAGAUUCGAGGUGGCACCAAAACCUUACACGUUCAUGCCAUUUGGGAAUGGGGUGCACUCAUGCCCAGGAAGUGAGCUGGCUAAGCUUGAGAUGCUUAUCCUACUUCACCACCUCACAACCUCUUUCAGAUGGGAAGUGGAAGGAGGCGAGGAAGGGAUACAAUAUGGUCCUUUCCCUGUGCCCAAGAAGGGUUUACUAAUAAGAGUUACUCCAGUUUAAGCCUAAGGCAUAAUUGGAGUUAACGGCCUAAGGCAUAAUUGGAGUUAACGUUCUAAUUAUAUAACUCAUGUUUUAGUUGCUCUACCAGUAAAUAAUUUUUUUUCAAAUAAUGUGUACAUCUCAUUUUAAAAUUGGCCUCAAUUUGGCCCGUUUUCUUUUGUAAAUGAAUUAUUCCCCACUUAUGUAAAGUUACAUUUCAAUGAAAAUUGCUUUUGAUUGCUUGUAAGUCGUUGAACUCUUUCGAUUAUUAUACAUUUCCAACUAGCUUAUUGCUUUCAAUUUCAAUGAAAAAUUGCUUUUGAUUGCUUGCAUUGAAAUAAUUUCUGUUCGGAUCCGAAUCAAACGCGAAUAUGGAUUAUAUUUAGUAAAUGGUGAGCCAAGCAAGUAUUCAGAUUUUAAAAUUAAUUGUCUGGAUGAAGAUUUGGUUUCAAAGCAUCCAAAAGACUUCGUAAUGUUUUUGGAUCUGCCCUCUCUCUGAUCCUAACUAUUUUUUCUAUACUUGUCUGAAACUGAUGCGUGUUUUUUUCUAUUUCAUUUUUCUACAAUGCAAUAAUAAUGUAUCCUUAUUUUAAGAUUCCGUUCAGACGUAGAAAAGGGUGAGGUAGACGCAAUUGUUUUGUACGGAAGCAUACAUAUGCAUUUGUUUAUUUAGUUGUAAGAGGUUAAUUAAUUGUGUAUAUAUAUAUAUUAACUUAACGACUUAUAAAGUAUGUCUAGUUCAUAUUGAAUACGGAACUCUGUUUAUCUUAAAACUAAAACCGUAUUUUACAUUAGGUAAUUAGAUUAGAUAACAUUUAUAGCUAUCUCAGGUCACAAACGCGGAAGUAUGUAAAGCUUUGAACCAUGGAAGUGAGACGACACAUACAAUAUUUUGGUCUCGUGACACAGCGAAUGGCUAGGUGUCCAUAGUUGGGUACGUGCAUGCGACGACUCUACCUAACAGACCUUGUCACUAAGCUUACGUGGAACUAUAGAUUCCAUAAACGAAAAAGAUUGGCUGAAAUGAAUCUAAUUCAUUGUCCCCGAUUUGUCUCUGUACUAAGUCAGAGAUUUGUUCAGAGUAUUACACUGGUCCAAACUAAAGAGUCUCUAGGCUGUUGCGAGGGUCUGGUAGACAGAGAUUUAACAUGCUCCAACCCUUUCUUAUCCCUUUUGUCUCCCUCCCUCUCUCUUCAAGCCCUACCUCAAAGUUUUCACAUGAUUUGUUUUUGGAACUGUCCCUCUCAUUAAUCUUUUUGUUUCUUGGUCCUUUUUUCCUUUUGAGAAAAUGGGAGAAGGUUUGAUGUGAGACGACUAAAACGUGUACAAAGAGAGCUCUGGUAAUUAACUAAGAUAUUCCUUUGGAUUAGAUACGUGAAGUAGCCGAAACUUUUAAGUUUCGACCUAUAUUUUCAACCUAAUCAUCUAAGGCAUUUCCAACUCCCCUCUGUUAUUCACUCUAAAUAGAGUUUAUAGUAAAAAUGCUCUAAUAGUAUCAUAUUUCUCACUCUAUAAUAAAGUGAAAAAUAGGUUUACUCCAAAUAUAGAGUAAUUUAUUUUUUUUGUUCAUCAUUCUAUUUUCUACUUUAAAAUAUAGUACUACUAUGGUCGGUCCGCGCUUCGCGCGGAAUUAUUUGUUUUGGUGUGUAUUAUGAUGUGCUAAUUUAUUAAUUUAAGUACAGUUAAUUUAUUUGUAAGUAAUUUUAUUUUAUUUUGGUUUUUUGCUUAUACAACAAUACAUGAAUGAGUUGUAUGCUUUGUGAGGUUUUGACCAGCUCUAAUAUUUGCAUAAUUCUCAAUAAGAAAUUGUCAGCUUUGAUGAGAGAUUGACAGUACAAACAUCAGCCAUCCAGUUCUUGGUGCUCAACGUUUCUAUUUCUUAAGUUUAUAGUUGGGUGAUACUCUGUUUUGGCAGAGUAAACUCUAUUGUUUGUCAGGAACAAAUAUGAGGAUAUCUAAACUAUUUUCUCCUUGAUCUUAACUUUUAAACAUAGAAUUUCAGAUUUCGGAAAAAGAGAUUCAUAAUGAUAUUUCUUUUUUAUUCGCCUAUUUGAUUGCAGAAAAGAUCGGUUACCAAGAUAUUUUUGUUGUCAAGAUUUGGAAGACCCAUUAGUGAAAAUUAUUUUUUUAAGGAGACAUGAAAUUUCAUUUGAACUAAGAUACACUAUUGGGAUUUUAAUUACUAAAACUUUUACAUUGUUUGCAGGACUUUUAAUCCAAUUGUAUAGCAUAAACUAUAUAGGUCGUUAGUGGUGUAUAACAUUCUCUUAUUAGAUUGGCUGAAGAUACGUUUGUGAAAACAGUGAAAGUUACCUUAUAACACUUUCUAAUGCAUUUCUAUAUUUAUCUUAAUAAUAAUAUUUAGAGACAUAUAUGUCUCAAUCCACUUCUAUUUGUCUUCUUAAAAACUUGUUAUUUUUCUUAUAUAAAUAUCAUUUGUUUUCGUACUUUAUGAUAGACAGUGUUAUUUUACAGAAAGAAAUAAGUAAACUUGAACUUAGUUAUAGAUUUUUUAAAUAGUCAAAUACAUUAGAAAUUGUUUUAGGGUUACCAUUUGAUGAUUAUCUCUGUAAGAUAAUCAGACACUGGAACUUUGUAGCAUAAGUAAGUGUGGAAGUAUUUUUGACUCAAAAAAGUAAGUGGCAGCAUUAUCUUAUUGAUAAAAACUAUUAAAAAUAUGUUAGCAGAGAGUAACGAUUACUAAGGAAUCAACUGAUGAACCUAGCAUGUGUUACUCCACCAAGUUUAAAUGUGAAACCGUGGAUUGAAAAGCCCGGUAAUGUAUUUAUCCCUUGCAUGAUGUUGAGUAUGGGGCAAAGAAUGUUGUGGAUAUAUAGUGGAGGUUGAAUCUUCUUUAGUGUCUCUGAGAGCACAAAUGGGACACUUGUAUAGAGACGUUCCUAUAUGAUUAAGAUUCAAAAGAGGAAUAAGUUUCUUGCAGCAAGAACAUAUGAUUUUUCUUACAUAUGCAAGAACAUAUGAUUAAAGGUGAUAAACAACGUUUCGCUUAAAUCAACUGAUGCCUUGUGAGUUCUAUGUAACCAGAGUUUGGCAACUACCAACGCCAAUGAUCAAUUCAACUUCUGUUAAAAAGUGGGCCAGAUUCUUUUCUUUUUUUUAGAACUAAAGUGGGCCAGAUUCAUAUAUAUGCAUAUUCUCGCGUCUAUGUAUAUAAAGUAUUAAUUUUAUUUGUCUACCAAGCGCAUCAUUGGCGAGUAAAUUACACCGCAUCAAAAUAUAUGGAUUUUAGUGCUCGUGAGGCCAGAAACUUUUAUCCGAUAUCCGGGAUUCGAUCCGGAUCCGAUCAAAAAAUUCGGAUAUUCGGAGAGACCGAAUCCAGAUAUGUAUAGUAAAAUAUUAGAUCCGUCAAUGUCGAAUCUGAAUAUUUUAAUUUUUUAGUCUGGAUAUCCGAAUCCGUAAGUUUUAUUAAUAACUAUUUAAAAAAUAGUAAUAUCUAUAUAUAAAAAUUAAUUUUAUUUAAUAUAUUUUCAUUUUUAUAAUAGUAUACAUAGAAAUAAUUAAAAACAUAAUACAUAUUUUUAUUUUUAAAUUAUUGUUAAUAUUUUACAAUUUUUAGAAGGAUAUCCAAUACCUGGAUAUCCGAAAACUCCGGAUCCGGAUAAUGAUAAUAAAAUUCCGGAUCAACCGGAUAAAGAUCUGGAUCUAGAUAUUUUAUAACUGCUUGGAUACCCGAUCCGUCACAGGCCUACGUGUGACUCUAUUUUUCAACCUAGACUUUUAUUCGAUGAAAUAAUUUUUUAGUUUUUGUUGAAAACCUUGGUCACCCACCGUUUCUUUUUUUUCUGUCCGAUCUAGUUUCGCAUCUUCUUCCUUCUGUAGAUCAGAUUAUUUUACUUUUAAUCUUUGACUCUGUUCGGAUUUAAUUAGCUCCGACUUGUUUCAUUUCGUCUUGCAUUUUUUUGUUAUAUCUUUCUAUUUCGUCUGGUCUUUGCAUGUUCUCAGAUUCUUCCUUUCUCAUUGGAAGCAAUCAAAUCAUGGAUUAUCGGCGAAUCCUCCUUUAUUAUCAUUUGUUUGAUUAUUUAAACAUGUGGGAGUAAAUCCUAGCUAUUACUAUGUGGAGUUCUAACGCUUAGGUUUUCUUGUUUGGAUUAUUUUUUAGAUCCGGCUUUGACUGAAAUGGAGUACGAAGAUUCGGAUGUCUUGCUCUAUUAUGAGAGAUUUCUGAAGAGUACUCUUGUUUAAGUCAGGUGUGGGCUUUGUUUUCUCCGGUGAAUCAAGGUUAGAGUUCGUUUACUUCUCCCAGCAACCAUCUGCGAAGAAAUCAUCACCAAUUAUUGAAGGCCUGAUGUAGUAAAGGUAGGAGUUUUCACGGGGAUUGAAAAUCAUGGGGAGACGCUGGUGGCAAACGUCUCCAGCGUCGAUGUUAGAGUAGAGACAAUGAGGUUUCCCCUAGUUCUUUCUACAUCUCUCUUCAAAUCUCUAGUUACAUCUUAGUGUGUUAAUUUUUAGUAUUAACAGUUUGGUUAGAUGUAAUUAGCUUGUUGUAUUUGGGCCUUCGUCUGUACUUUUCAAAUCUAUUUGGGCUUUAAUGGAAAAAGUGGUAAAAACA